AUGGAUCCUGUAUUACAUCUCAUUUCUGAAGAACUUUUAUCAGAGUUACGAGCACUUAAAGAAAAGCUUUUUAAACAAAUAGAAUAUGGACCAGUUCCAUCCAUCAUGGAAAUUUUUAACGGCUAUUUAUUGGGUGAUAGUAAAGAAUUACAAUCUCAAAUGAAUGACAAUAUGGAAGAUGAAGACGAUACUCUAUUAGAAGAAACCAUUUCUAAAUUAGAUGGAUCAAAACUUGAAGAAUAUUUAACCAAACAAUACAAGAUUAGAGAACUUACAGCUUUACGAUUAUUUGUAUAA